AACAUGCAACAUCGUAACAUAAGCAAGUCUGAUCUAAUGUAAUACAUGUGUGGAAUGUAGUAGAUUUGAUGAUUUCAACAUCUGAAAAUGUAGGUUGUAAUAUUAGAGAUUGUGAAUAACGUAUAGCCGUUGUGUACUUAUCUGUGAAUCGCUCACAGAGUGCAGUACAAUACAAUCUGCGGUUCGUUGUUCAUCAGAAUGAAUCUAUUUAAACUAAGGUAAAGGCAAUCUAUGGUAUUAUUAAAGAGUGGUUUAUCUGUGCUGGCUUGCGAGGCCGAGUACUGUUAUCGAGAUGUUGGCGGUAUGGAUGCGAGAUAUUUAGUUUGGAAUUUUUUCAAGAUUUUGAUGUAACAAGAAAAUAUUAUCAGGAGUGAAGUUUUAUGUGAUCAAUUGCAAGUAUUAGAACCGCAUCAUUUAGAAAAUUCAAUAGUAGCCAUCAUGUCUGAAACCCCAAUGUUGAAUUCUCCAAGUUCAGUGACUACAGUGGAUAAUGCAUUUGCUGUGGGUGAGAAGAGAGAAUCAGACAAGAGAGUCUGUAUGAAGAAGCAGCUAGGGUUAUUGGAGGGAGUGGCUAUUAUUAUUGGAAUAAUUUUUGGUUCAGGCAUUUUUGUGUCACCUACUGGCGUUAUUCAGGAAGUAGGAUCACCAGGACUUUCAAUCAUAGUGUGGAUGCUUUGUGGAGUCCUGUCAAUGGUAGGAGCACUCUGCUAUGCUGAACUUGGCACUUCUAUUCCUAAGUCUGGUGGUGACUAUGCAUACAUCUUUGAAGCCUUUGGAUCUUUGCCAGCUUUCCUCUAUCUCUGGGAUGCUAUGCUAAUCUUUGUGCCGACAACCAAUGCUAUCAUGGGUCUUACGUUUGCCAGUUAUGUGAUUCAGCCUUUCUUCCCAUCUUGUAAAGUUCCAGACAGCUCAGUGAGAAUGCUUGCAGCUGUAACAAUCUGUUUCUUGACUUUUCUUAAUUCUUACGAUGUAAAGCUUACGACACGAUUGCAAAAUAUCUUCAUGUUCACUAAGGUCGCUGCCCUUGUUGUGAUAAUUAUUGCUGGAUUUGCAUAUCUUUUUAUGGGUAAUGCUGAAAACUUGCAAGAUCCUUUUCGUGGCACAACGGGAGAUGCUGGGAAGAUAGCGGUCUCCUUUUGUUCUGGGAUAUUCUCAUAUUCUGGGUGGAAUUAUUUGAAUUUUAUGACGGAGGAACUCAAAGACCCUUAUGUGAAAACACUAAUCUAGCAGCAUGAAGGCAAUUUGAUGUUGGCAAAUCUG